UUCAGUGAGUAUAAAUACGAGGCAUUUCACUUAGAAGCUAUCAGUCGUAAAAGUCGUGAAGUAAAAAAUGAAAUUCUACGUUUUUCUAAUUGCUCUAUUUGGCUUGGUUUUUGCCAAAGAGCAAGUGAAAUCAAUAGCAAAGCACCACCUGAAAUGUUUGAUGCAAAACCCCAAGGCCGGUAUAUACUUCGCAAAUGUAUUAAAGUUAGAGUAUCCGGAUGUACCAGAGGUAAACUCACAUAUGGAUUGUGUGGCAGAGAAAUUGGGUGUGUUGGACCCCAAAACUGGACAAAUUUAUGUAGAUCGAGUGGCCGCAUUAUUAUCCGUAGACCCAAAUAAUGCUGAAGAUAUGGAUAUAAUUAAGAAUUGUGUUGUUGAACCGGAGGGGGAAGAGGUAACUGUACGUAGCGGAUACUUGUGUAUAUUGAAUUCGAAGCUUCGAGAUAAUAUCUUGGGUGCAUGAUUGUAAUCGCAAUGAUUAUUAAUAGAGAUUGAGCAUUGUUCUUAAAUUCUAAACGAAAACUACUUAAAAUACGGUAAUAUGUAUUGGAUCAGCUUUGAGAUAUCUUAUUUCGUAUUAAAAUAAACAGAGCAAUCAAUUAGA